AACCAAGUGAUGGGCUCAGUAACACUUUUCAUUCGUAUCAUUAUGCAUUUCUGCUUUCCAACUCAUCAGCACGCAGGGGAGGAAAUAACCUUACCAGUUUAAAUGUGUGAACGCUAGGUAGUUGGCUAGCUAGCUAGACGCUAGCGCUAAUUAGCCAGCUACUAGCCAGCCAACUUACGCGUUAUGAGACAUGCCUUAGCAUAGCAAGACACUCGCUCGCAUAUGUGAAAUUCUCCCUGUCUUCCUGAAAGUACUCACCCUGUUAAUGAAACAUCAUGCAAUUGAACGUUUCCAGUAUUUAACCGCACACUUAGUUACAGCUGCUAACCAGCUAAGUUAGCUAGCUUGUUUGCUAAAACUUUUAAAUCCAACAACCUUCAAGUUCAGAGUGAAGCAUGGACAUGUAGACAUAGCUAUCUGACAUUACACACUCAGUGCCCAUUUGUUCUAUACAAUUCUUUAUCUUACCCACAUCUGAACUUAUUGAACUGGUUGUCAGACAAUUGAGGCAAACAGGUGAAGGUCACAUGGCUGUGUGCCAGGUUAGAGCUGUCAACGGUGCUCAAAUUUAGGUGACAUUGUGGUCAACUGUAGCUAGUGGUUAUUGUAAAAUAUACUAAACCAAAUAAUUAAUUUCUGGACUAGUCAAAGUUUAUAGGCUUCUAGGUAACCUAUAGUAUAAGAGGACAUACAAGUAAUGAGUAAUUGGCUUUGAACUCUGUACCCCGCUAUGCCCCCUCAUUGCAUACCAGUAGUUAUUUCCCAGAUAAUUUCAUGAAGUUCAUUCAUACAUUUUUAUUUAAGUACAUUGCAUGUACAUUUGAAACAUGUUUGACUUGACAAAUCAGUAGAGAACACUGACUACCUACAGAGAAUAAAGCUUGUGGCAAAAAAAGGCAUAGGCUACAUGGUCUAACAUUUUUAAUCAGUCAGACCAUCAGAAUGAGAUGAUCGGAUAUGGAGCCAAAUUAGCCUGUGUCUCUUCAACAGGGUUACACAAGCCAUUGUUGCCACUUCCUCCUCUGUAACUGCAAGAAUCUGUAGUUGGACCUUUCAUGCUGCCCAUCUUACAACGUAAGGUUUUAGAGCCAGACUUUACACAUCUAGUCAACACAGCCAAACCUAGCCACAGUGUUUCAUUAACUCCGCUGCUGGGUUGUUCCACCAAUUAGGUGCCUUUGAGCACUAACUUGGUGAGAAAAAGUUAUAUUUCACCUAAUUUUAACAUUCUGUCAUGAAGAGCACAUGUUCAAUUAAAAAAAUGUUUUUCCCUCGAGACAAAAAAAUAAGACUUAAGUGCAAAAUAAAGUGACAGGGUUGACCGUGAUAGGGUAGAAAAUCCCCUUGUGACGGGGGAAUGGAAGCUUGUGUGAAACAGGGAGGGGCAAUUGAAUGCAAGCUUCACAAAACAUUUUACACGGUUAAAACAUUUGUAGCCUGUCUAUGGGUAAUAGGGUUGAUGUGUUAUGCUCGACCCGCUCAGUGUUCCACCACAAAACACCAGAAAAUAUAGUAAAAGAGUAGAAGCAGCUCACCUGCUUUUACAAUAUUAUUUGGCUAUUCAAUGUUUCUUUUAGAAUUUCAUUUUUCAAAAGGAAUAGUUUCACCAUGUUAAAAUGUGUUCAGUUCACAUAACAGGAUUGACCUUCAAAUAGAGUACAGGUUGUUGUUUUUUUUACCUUAAAAGUAAUAUUCAGAAAUCACUGUCAAAGCAACAAUAUUAACGAGGGCUUUACAAUAAUGUUGAAGUGCGUUAAUCUUCCUAGAAGUCAGAGGAUGCACGGAGGGACAUGUCAAAAUGCUGCAUUUUGGCACUUUAGCAAGUCUUAUUCCCCUUAAAAUUAAAUAUUGGUGCACAAUUUAUACUUAACGUAUGAAAUGGAUGCAAAAGGCACUCAUUUUGUGGAUGACCCUGCUAUGAACUUAUUUUUUUUAUGGAGGAAUGGUUUAGAGUUAAGUAGAUAUACUAUAGGCCUACUUCUAUUAACUAUAUGUCCCUCUGUGCUACUACUAGAAGUGUUAUCUUCAUGUCCCAAUGGGCGUAAGCAUUUGGAAUCAGUCAGAAAAAGGGUGUGUGCACCGUCUUUCUCUUAUACAGCUGAUUAGCAAACUGCCUUACAGCCUCUGGAAGCCAUGGGAUUAACUCCUGAAAUGCAUUUACACUCAUGCCAUGCACACAGAUUUAAUCAUUACUUUUCGUUUAAAAGAAACACAGAACACACUGACGUCCACAGCCACCAGUAGGAUCUGGUCUCCCAGUUCUAUCACAGUAGGGUGACUUUAACCCCUACAGUGUGUGAGGUUUCUCAGGCUUCUGAAGUUAGCUUGCUACUGCUGAGCCCCUCCCCGCUGAAGAGUUAAAGCAGUGGUGGCACACAGAAACAGAGAUUCCCUGCCCCAUGUCUACACUACAACCUCCAUUCAUUGUCAUGGAAGAGUGGGGUGGAAAACAGUACUUCUUAUGCUGGCCAUAGAACCUUAAUGAAUUUUGCUGUUGCCAGCCCUGCUUUUCUCUCCAGCCCAAAACAAGCAGGAUGAGCUGGUGCGAUUUUUCCACUCCAGUACCCAAUGGGUCCCCUUCCUCCUCGCCAGUUGGAAGGGUGCCAUUAAUGUUAAAACUGAAAUAGUUUUUGAACCAAAAUCUUCUGUAAGAAAUACAGUUACUGAAACUAUUUGAGUUGAUCAGGUGGCUGUAUGGGAGUUGGGGUAUACUUGUGUUAUAAUGGCUUCACAGAGUUAGCCUAGCCCUAGAUCCUGGUAGCAUACAUUUACUAAUAGUUUUAUUACUGUGUCAUCACCAAAACGUCUUAUUUUGAGAAAUGUACUGCUUCCUCUCAUGAAGUAGUUCUUAAAGGUCCAAUGUAGCUGUUUUAAAUCUCAAUAUCAAAUCAUUUCUAGUAAAAACAAAAGUACCUUACUGCGAUUUGUUUUCAAUUAAAAUGUUAAAACCACAUCGCUUCUUGGUGAAGAGAAAUUCUUGCUUGAGAAAUUGAUCUAGGACUGAGUGAGGUGCCUCAUUGGACGAGACUAAUGGGAGGGAUAUGUAACCUGAAGUAGCUGUUAUUGGCAGAGAGGCUUGGAACCCACUUUUUUAUUGGUCUAUUAACUUAUAUUGUCAGGCAGACCAAAACACCAUCCCACCAAAGCAGGUUGAAAUUUCCAGUAGCCUUUUCAAACCGCUCUUACACUAAAAGGCCGUUGUCAUUUUCACAAUUUCAGUAUUAUUCCAACCUCAGUGUGGAAAUGUAUAUAAAACACAGGAAAAUCACAUCUUUGAAUGCUCUGUGCCUUUAAGCCCAUCAGGAAUGCAUUUCCUGGUAGUAAACUGAGAUCAGUGGCAGUAGAAUGCAAACAAAUGACUCAUUGUGUGCCAUGCAGCAGAUUUAUUUCUCCUAAUUAUUACGUUGUUGGAGAUUUUACAUUACUUAAUUGUCGGACAAGGUGAGGAAAUAAACCAAAUGAAGUAAGGUCUACAAGUUUGUCUAAUAUUCAAUCAAUAGGUUUGUUUCCUGGUUCUUUGGCACGGCAUGGCACAGCCAGAAAGAGUAGCCAUUUGAAUGGCCAGAGGCAUUGUAUCGUCACUGGGAUAAAGCUAGCUCUGUUUUGUCAAGUUGCCUAAUGAUUACAGACUGAGGCAGGCAGUCGCUCUCUCUGUAAGGCUGAGGCCAGAAGUACUUAAUGAGCAUAGAGUAUAAAAAAAAUAGUAAGAUGUUUGACAGCAGUCUCAUUCUGUACUCUUUCUUCACCUCUUUGCUCAAUUUAUUUUUAGAAACAUUUUGCUUCAGUGGUGCUUAAGGGGGACUCUUAUCACUUAAAGUAGGAUCUGACAGGGGGUGGCCAGAACCUGGGCAGAGGUCCAACAUGUAUCAGUAUUACAGCUUUGAGCCCCCUUCCCACCUUCCGUCUGCAGGUGUAUCUCAUUCUCCACACAUCAACUGCUUGUGUAUUGUUUUUUUCUUCUCCCCUUUAGAGCUCAACUACUGUAGCACUACUGCAGGAAUGUGAUUAUAUUAUUAAAGUAAAUAGUAUUAAAUAUAAAUGUAUAGACCUUCAAAAUGGUAUAUUUGUCUGUAAUACAGUACAUCAUGCACCCUAACUGAUAUCAUGCAGAGAUAAUCCUGUGAAGCUGUCCUGUGUGGUGGUUUCUCUAGAGCAAAGCUGCUAAGUAGAUGGAAUUACUUGGCUGUGGAGGCUGAGAUAAUAACAUAAUGGGGAGGUAAGCUACAGACAUGCAGUAGGCUUGCUGCUGGUAACUAAAGGCUGAAUCCUAACUCACUCAAGGAUUAGGCCUACAUUGUUAAAUUGUGAUCCAGUUUUUCCCGAGUAGAGCCUUUUUUGUUUACAAAAGUACUCUCACUAGGCUAACUCAUUUGUCCCCUUGUGACAAUAUCUCUCUGUUCUCCCAGGCGUCGAUCAGAUGUGGAAAAAAAGUUAAUACAAAAACCUGAACAGUUGAGGACCAAAGCUGCUUGGAGUUGGAGUAGGAUCAAAGUCCUAGUUCGGAAUUGUUUGAGCAAAUCUGCACGUACGCGUGUUUGAUAAAUGAAGGAAGGUCGUUGUUUCCAAUUAAAUUGUCUAAUCUUGUCUCUGGCUAGUUGGUGUGCCUUAUUAUGGUGGGUAUACAUUAUUCCAUACAUUUUGCCUAAGUAAUAACAGUACUAUAUAUAUAUAACACCUUCCUAAUAUUGAGUUGCGCCCCCUUUGCCCUCUGAACAGCCUCAAUUUGUCGGGGCAUGACUCUACAAGGUGUCGAAAGCGUUCCACAGGGAUGCUGGCCCAUGUUGACUCCAAUGCUUCCCACAGUUGUCAAGUUGGCUGGAUGUCCUUUGGGUGAUGGACCAUUCUUGAUUCAAACGGGAAACUGUUGAGCGUGGAAAAACCCAGCAGCAUUGCAGUUCUUGACACAAACUGGUGUGCUUGACACCUACUACCAUACUCUGUUCAAAGGCACUUAAAUAUUUUGUCUUGCCCAUUCGCCCUCUGAAUGGCAAACAUGCACAAUCCAUGUUUCAAGGCUUAAAAAUCCUUCUUCAACUAGUCUCCUCCCCUUCAUCUACACAGAUUGAAGUGGACUUAACAAGUGACAUCAAUAAGGGAUCAUAGCUUUCAUCUGGAUUCACCUGGUCAGUCUUUCAUUGAACGAGCAGGUGUUAAUGUUUUGUAUAGACUACAGAUAAGACAUUGGAUUCACCCUUUCAAAGAUGCGUUGAGAGAAAUGAGUAAUGUCACCUAUAAGUAAAAGAUGACUACAGAAGCAGUCUUGAAGGCACAUACAGAAAUCAUUGUCUCCUUGAGGUAGAGCUCAACAAUGUAUGUGAUAAGUGUAGAGUUUUUGUUCAGUUUGACAAACUUAAACUCAAAGUUUUAUGAAUCCCUCAAGCCUCCAGAUGUAUCUGAAGGAAAUGUAAUUGAUAUUUUAUUGUUGGGGGGGUGGAAGGAAACAAGGAAAUAAGCUAAGAAAGAUAAAAAUGGCAUGUCUUUUGGUCUGCACUACAUUUUGGGCUAAAUAAAAACAUUGUUUGUGCUUUCCAAAUAACUUGGCGUGUCAGGGUUUAACAAAGAACUGACACAGCCCCCCACCCUAGGCCUGGGACAGACACACAUCACUCAGAAAGGACAUGAGUUCUGCCAAGAACAGAUAUCAAAAACAUGGUGAGACAUCACAUCACAGGAGAAACAAUUACCUCAGAAACAGACAGCCCAGACCAGGAUGCAAAGUUUGCAGCCAGACCCUAAGGCUCAGUACAGCAGCGUGUAUGAGGCCCUAAGAAGGAUCGUCCGGACGGAGGGUCUCCUCAGACCCCUGAGGGGCCUCAACAUCACAAUGCUGGGGGCCGGCCCUGCCCACGCCCUCUACUUUGCCUGCUACGAACAUGUCAAGCGCACACUCAGCGAGGUCAUUCAGAAUGGAGGAAACAGCCACAUAGCCAAUGGACUGGCAGGCUGUGUGGCCACUGUGCUGCAUGACGCAGUCAUGAACCCAGCUGAAGUGGUGAAACAGCGGAUGCAGAUGUACAACUCUCCCUACCGGAACCUGUUGGACUGCGUUGGGACUAUACAGCGCACUGAGGGGCUCGCAGCCUUCUACCGCAGCUACAGCACACAGCUGGCCAUGAACAUUCCCUUCCAGGCUGUCCACUUCAUGACAUAUGAGCUGAUGCAGGAGCGGCUCAACCCCCACAGACAGUACCACCCCGGCAGCCACGUGUUGUCUGGGGCUGCGGCAGGGGCCGUAUCUGCAGCCAUAACCACCCCGCUGGACGUGUGUAAGACCCUGCUCAACACACAGGAGAAUGUAGCGCUCAGCUCCAUACACAUCAGUGGUCACCUCACAGGCAUGGCCAACGCCUUCAGGACAGUGUAUCGCCUCGGUGGCACGGCUGCCUUCUUCAAAGGGAUCCAGGCCCGGGUCAUAUACCAGAUGCCCUCCACUGCCAUCGCCUGGUCAGUCUAUGAGUUCUUUAAGUAUGUCCUGACCAAGCAGCAGAUGGAGCGAGAGGCUGGGCCAGCUGGCCCAGUCUGAGGAAGGGCUGUGGACACCGCAAUGUGACCACACCUGUACUAGAGGCUCCUGGUUCUCCUGUGGGAUCAAUGCAAAAAGCCUCAUGGUGACAUCGUGUUCAUAAUUUAUAUCUGUGUGUGCUUUUGUAUAAUAACUCAAAGGGAACUCACUGCAAUGGAGGAGGUUUGAAAGACUUGCUGUGGUAGACCGUGGCACUCCUUACCCUUCACUUUCCUACCCAGCAAGCCCUUCCAUUGUGCACUGUCAUUCAUUAGAGGAGUGGAGGCUGUUACAGGAACUGCACAGAGAUGUAUACAGAGAAAAGGUCAUCUUCAUGUGGCAACAGGCCCUUUUCCCUAAUCACCCAUUCACUAAGCACACAACGGUGACAGUAUUUUCAUGAUUAUGUUGGGUUACAUUCAUACAGUAUGUUUGUAGAUCUGAUAUGGGAACUUUAUUUAUUUGAUUUGCUUACCAUGACUUGGAUUUUAUGGAUUUGGAAGAUACACAUAGUUGUUUGCUUGUUUUAUUUCCUUGUGUAUUUAUAAAGGACUGUUUUAUUGAACACAUUCCUGAGUUUCGCUGCACAGUAGACACAAUUGCGCUUUCAAAGUGCCUCUUUAGCAUUGAAGGCAGCCACAAAUUUAAAGUGUUUUGUGUUGUCCAUGUCCUUAAUAGAAAUGGAUUGGAUCAGUCACCAUUAACAUAAUCGUUGUUUGCCAUUGAAAUGUAGAUUCAAUCGUAUGAUCUUUAUAUGUUACCUUUUCAUCAAUCAUAGCAAGAAACCACUCGUUAAAACCAAAUGUACUGAAAUAGGACCAUGUUAUUUUUCCUUGGCCAGAAGGUUGGCAUCAUACAAUGUGCCUAUAAUCUGAGCUAGCCUAAACCUUUCAAGAUGAGGGCCUGUUUUCUAUUCUGUGUUGGAAAUGCAGUUCUGAGAGUUAAAUUUCCUUUUGGCUGAACCACUAAAUGUUGUGCUGGGUUUUUUAAACUUUAGAUAGGGCUUCAUUCUAACCUCUGCGCCAGUCAAAGUCUGCAGUAGUUUAGUAAUUCAGUUUCAGUAGUUUAUUUUGACCACCCAGUGAAGUGAGUAUUGCCUCCCUUUCCUGAGAGGUUACUGGAAUCCCUCUCAAUAAUAAAGGUGUAUAGGCCAUAAUGGCCCAAAUAUAUUAGCCUUGUUUGAGCACAGUAGUAUAUGCUCUGGACUCUCACCAAUGUGAGUGUUCGAGUGUAUUAUAUAACAAUCUAUGUCGCAGAGAAGAGGCAGUGUUUUUUAUAUAUUUUAGUGAGUGAUUGUUUCCCAGGAGGCAUUUCAUGAUGCUGGUCCUCAGGUGUACCAAACCUCCGCAUCAAACCUGUAAGAGGCUGGUGGCAUGGACCGGCUCAUCUCUGCAUUCAGACACAUCUGUGAUGUUCAUAUUUAGGUUUGGAGUAAAAUAUCAUGCUUGUAAUAAUGUACUUAGUUUAUAUCUCUAAAAUGAUUUUAUGUGAGAUGAGCAGAUUUGACAUUCUCAAACUACUACAAAACAAAUAAAACAUUCAAUGUUAGACAGCAGAAUUUGGAAUGAGUACCACUGCAGCCCAGGGCAGUUAAUCGGGCGAAUCCUUUAAGCAUUGGGUACAGUCUGUGACAAUGGGCCCAUUACUAAGGGGUUACCAGAUCAGCUGGUUGGCACGCUCUAUUUAUUAGACUUUUUUUUGGCCCAUUUUAGUCACUUCCUGUGCUCUCCCUGCUCUCUUCCCAGCCUCUUGGCUCUGAGUUUUCCGCUCAGAAGGCAGACAUUCCUCCACAUAUUGCUGUAAUCCACAGAGCUGCAAGAUUUGUUUGUUUGCUUUUAAUUAAAUGUUGUUGGGUUUGUUCACCAGUGAAGUACAGCUGGUUCUAUGAGAUCUCCAAAGGUCCCAGUCCCUCAAAUAUAGGUUUAUUCCUUGUUAAAGAUCCCAAAGAUAUGUACUGUAUGAUUUCCUAUUUGCAAACCUGUAGUGGUGAACAUACCUGUAAAAUGAAGCACUCAUUCUUGUCCUCGUACUUAUUGGCAGUAGUCUCAUUCCAAGCAUCAUCUGCAACCAAAAAAAACUUUAGCUUCUUAUUCUUUGGACCUCUUUAGUUGAGCUAGUCAUAUAGCUGUCCUUAUGAUGUUUCAAAAGUCACUUUGUGCCUCAACAUUUUCACAAGAGGUAGAGAUGAGAAUUUCUUCAAAUGUUUCUGUGAAGACUGAAGUGUUUGGUUAAAGGGGACAUUUAGUCUGAACUGAGACGAGCAGGUGAGCAGUGGUCAAACCUGUUGCAGUAUUCAUAACGGAGAGAAUUUGGCCCACUGCAUGACCAUUUCUCUAUUUAAAUUUGAAGUCCUUUUGAGCCCUGUGGGUGUUUUUUAUAGAGUUACACAAAUGUGUUUGCUAAAUAUCACAGCUAUUGUUUAUGUAAAUGAAUAUGCAACACAGUAACACAUUUAGGUUGAUUUAAAGUCAAUCUUAUUGACAACAAUACUGGACAGCUGAAGGUUAAUUAAUUUGAUGUUUCUGGCAUAUUGUUUAUUACUAUUUCUGAAAAACUCCAGACAAAUGUAAUGUAUUUUACUUACUAUACAAAUGCCAUCAUGCCAUUUCUGUUCUAUGCAUUUCAUUCAAUUUGAAUGAAUCUUAUGUUUUAAGAAAUGCUGGUCAUACAGUUGAUGGAAUUAAUUCCAUUAAGAAUCACUCGCCAGAUAUUACAAACAAUACUGCUCCUAUGCAUUAAUGUUGAGUGGAACUGACCUUUUUAAGAAACUUGGAGAUUGAAAUGCAUAGUUACAUGGACUGGAUGAUAAUCCAAUGUUUAAAAUGGUCAUUAGACUAAUCUGGUUCAGGUAUUUAGUCUUGCUUUAGCUUCUGAAUCAUUUUUGAUAAAGUAUCCACAGAGCACAGGUCUUGUUUUGCUCAGACACAUUACAUUAGCCCAAGAGAUCUAAGGAAAAAUAAGUCUUAAACCCAUGCUUAUUGUCUAGCUUGUAUAACUUAACUGUGAGAUCAUUUCAAUAUAAUGUACUUUUAAUUAUUAUGUAUGCCCCAUGACUAAGAGUGAUUGUGUUAAUGGAGAUUUGGUGAAUUUAUAUCUUAUCUAGGGAUGUUCAUCAUGUUACAUCUUUGCUGCUUUUUUGCGCACAAAACACCGGGGGAAACUGGGAAGAUUUAUGACAAGAGUGCCAUCUACAGCACAAGAAUGUUAAAUGACUGUGGUAAUGCUGCUACAGUGUAUAUAACACUGGAGCUGAAAUAAAAAUGCAGGUGAUAAAUUA